UUAAUCUUUUUUUCCCCCUUUUUCUUUGAAUUAUAGACAUGUCAAGACACACUUCCCCUUCAGACGCUUUAAGAGAAAGAUAUUCAAGCUCACGUAUGCAGCCUCAACAACAAACAUCUUACGCUUCAGAGGACAAAUUGAAUUUAAAGCAUUCAACCAUGAUAGGCUCACCUGUGACUACUGUUUAUGAAGAAGAAGAGGAAGAAGAGGAAGAAUUUGAAGACUGCAACCAAGAAGAGGAUGAUGCGUCUAUGUACUCUUCUUCCUCUAGUAUUCCCGAUGAAAAUAUCAAUUUCGAUCUUGUUUAUGCACUUCAUACAUUUGUGGCUACUGUAGAUGGUCAAGCAUCUGUUGUGAAGGGAGAUGCUAUGACUUUAUUAGAUGAUUCCAACUCUUAUUGGUGGUUAAUCAGAGCAUUAAAGACAUCAGAAGUGGGCUACAUCCCAGCCGAGAAUAUUGAAACUCCAUUCGAAAGAUUGGCUCGACUAAAUAAGCACAGAAACAUAGAAGUAACCUCACUAGGUCAACUACAACAUUAUAAUACAGUCACCAAAAGUUCCCGCAUAAAAAAGAAGGUUAAGGUUUCAAGAGAACUUGCAUGUCAGUUACAGAUCAUUAUUGGCAACGACGAAGACGAAGACGAAGAUGACAACAGUCCUUAUGAGGAAGCUUUUGAACAAUGGAGUGAAGAAAUGUCUUCUGAAGCAUACAGAGACCAUGAGCCAGAUGAAGAAAUAGAAGAAAAAGAAGACGAUAGUAGAUUUGCUCCUAUAUUGAAUCCAGACUUCAACAGGCCUAUUGACGUUCAAGCUACAUCGCCUCUAGCCACUAUUGCAAAUCAUAGUUCAUCUCUUGUGGCUCAAACUGCAGAUAAACCAUUGCCUGAAUUAGUAGAGAGCCAGAAGGAUCAACAAGUCGAUACCACUCCACCAGAACAACCUCCUUCCACAGAACAAGCUUCAUCUCUAGAACAACAAGGCGUAGUAACUGGUUUGAAGAGAUUAUUGUCUAUUGGCAAAAAGAACAAACCUGUUCGUCCUGAGCCAAUUGCUAUUGAAAAUUCACCCAUGAAUAAGAGUCUAGAUACACAAUACCAUGUUCUUCGAAUUUUUGCCGGAAAUAUUAACGUAGGCGCCUUAUUCAGUACAGUGGCUGUAACCUCCGACAUGAAUGCAGAUCAAUUAGUCAAAAUUGCUUUGGAAAAGUUCCAUAUUCCUUUACUCGACGAAUCCAACAAGGCAAAUGAAGGCAUUGAGUAUUAUUUAACCGUCAAAUCGAUGGACAGUGACGAAAUUACGCUUUUACCACAGGAUAAACCACUCAAGAUUUUUGAAUCAUUGAACGAUCAUCUUACAACACCUAUGCCUUCAUUGACAUAUAUCAAGCGUUUAUCGAUGGAGCAACCAUCUAUCAAAGUCACUCGUGUUGGUGUGUCCAAGGCAAGACAACGUGCCAAAGCGCGUUUUGGUGAAGAUUCUGUUAUUCGAUUUGCGUUGCACAAAAGGAUCAAAAGAACCAUUGAAACAAGUGGACAAAUUUAUGUUAAGAUAUCUUACCAUGUUGACAACAAAAAACACCAUCAUCGCUUGCUUAACACACAAGAAAAUAAUCCUCACAAGAUGUCUACUAUGGGUUUGAUUCGAAAGAGUAGCUUACUUCGAGUAGAUCAACAAAUCCAGCAACAACAACAGUCAUUACUUCAACAAAAAGCCAAACAGGAACGCAUUGACAAGUUGGUGGCUGUGUCACUCACUACAGAAAUGCUGGCCUUAACACAUAUCGCACUUGAAAAGUUCCAUUUGACUGAAGAGGAUCCUUCUCUUUAUUAUAUUUCACUGUCUGUGAAUGGAAAAGAAACGCCAUUAAACUCAGACAGAGUCAUCUCAGAUGUGCUGGGUGAUCCUGAUCUCAUACCUAAAGGUAUCACAGAGAAACUGUUUGUACUACGCAAGUCAUCCGAUGAUGCUACCAACAAUGGGGAUUCAAGCAAUCGUCGCUUUAUGCGUUUCUUGAAACAAGACAAGGAAGCUGUUCGUUCUCCUGGAACUGAACAGGCGAGUCCAAAUGAGACAAGUACAGGCAAUGUAUUAAAGCGACUAGACCAUGCUAUUCUCUCGCUUGAAAACGACAAACGCCAGUUGGACAACAACGCUAGUCAUGGUUCGCCUCAUUUAAGGUCUGUUCCGGUAAGGUCAAAUAGUUUAUCAUCCAUGAUCUCUACAAAGCAAAACAUCAUUGAAAAUAGAAAACCACCUACUCGAUCUUCUUCUUUAAAAAUCACAAACAAUGAUGCUUUCGAUACUGUAAAUAGAAAUGAACUUUCUAAUAUGGAAGACUUGAAAUUGGAAUUGAAACGUAUUGCUUCUUCUCAUUCAAGCCCUUCAGUUCCUUCAUAAGUGAACUUGAAUUGUAUAUCAAUGAAUGUUAGGUUAAAUUAGAGAUGAUAGAAUACCCCGCCGCCCUUCUUAUAAUAAAACCAGGUUCUUCAAUAGC